AUGAUCAUGUCUCACACCAAAUCCUCUUAUAAAUCUUCUGCUAAGACCAAAUACACACACGGAGAGAGAAUGGAACAACUUAUUGAAGCUGAGGAAUUGCUCAGAGGCCAAGCACAAGUAUGGCAACUCAUGUUUGCCUUUGCGGACUCCAUGGCACUAAAAUGUGCAGUGGAGCUUCGCAUAGCUAAUAUCAUACACUCUCACUCUACCCCAAUUACAUUGUCCCAAAUAGCUUCCUCUAUUGACUCACCUUCCCACCCUGAUAUCCCCUACCUUACACGCAUCAUGAGAUUGCUGCUCCGCCGCAAAAUCUUCACUGCUGAUCGUCCAUCAGACGGCGGAGGGACUCUCUACGGGCCGACCCACGUUUCUAGAUGGCUUGUACAUGACUCCGAUAGGACCCUGGCACCCAUGUUAUUAAUGGAGAACCAUCCUUUGACGACCAAUCCCUGGCAUUGUUUUAGCCAAUGUGUGAAAGAAGGUGGCAUUGCCUUUAAGAGAGCAAAUGGGAGUGAGAUUUGGGAGUUUGCAUCACAGAAUCCUGAGUUCAACUCCAUGUUCAAUAGUGGCAUGGCAUGUACUGCAAGAGUAGUGAUACGUGCAAUUUUAGUAGGAUACAAAAAUGGGUUUGGUUGUGUGGGAUCACUGGUUGAUGUGGGAGGUGGGACUGGGGACUUGGUGUCUGAGAUUGUUAAAUCACAUCCACACAUCAAAGGGAUCAACUUUGAUUUACCUCAUGUUGUUACUACAGCACCAGAGUAUAAGGGUGUGUGCCAUGUUGGGGGUGACAUGUUUGAAGCCAUUCCAAACGCUGAUGCUAUUAUCAUGAAGUGGAUAAUGCACGAUUGGGGAGAUGAAGAUUGUGUGAAGAUAUUGAAAAAUUGCAGGAAAGCGAUACCUGAGAAAACAGGGAAGGUUAUCAUAGUUGAUGUAGUUCUGAAACCAGAGGGUGAUGACCUAUUUGAUGACACAGGUUUGGUGUUUGAUCUGCUAAUGAUUGCACAUUCAUCGGGUGGGAAGGAGAGGACUGAACUUGAAUGGAAGAAAUUAUUGGAGGAAGGAGGCUUCCCUCGCUACAAUAUUAUCAAGAUUCCAGCUUUAACAUCAAUUAUUGAAGCCUAUCCUCAAUUACAAAAUUAACCUAUCAUGCCAUUAAUAUGGCUAGAUAGGAUAUUUUGAGAAAUUAUCAAAUGCACCUAAUGUAUAUAUAUUAUUUCUCAUAAUUAUGUGAGAUUCAUUCUUUAUAUUACUAGAAGAACUUAUAUUUAUAUGAGAGAAUAAGUACUAUUUUUAUGUGUAAGGACAUUUCAUGAUAUUGUAAUUUAUAUUUCUUUUCUUUAGUAUUUCAAAAAUCCUUAAUGGGUAUGAUAAUUAUUAGAAUUUAAAUUAUAA